AUCGACGCCCUCGGCGCUCCGGUGGCGGAAGUGAGGACGUUGGCGGCGGGGCGGCAGCGGCCAGGGAGCCCUUGGUCGAGCGCGGGGUCCUGUCCGUGCGGGCCUGCAGUCUUGCUGAAAUGGAGUUGGUGUUGCUGAUGCCUGUUCAGGACUGGAAAGGCUAGGCUGCUGACGCUUUCCACAGGGGCUAAUAUUACUUCCGUAGCUUGACCUCUACUUUCCUCAACAAGCAGAAUGUCUCGAACACGACAACCCCCCCUUGUGACAGGCAUCUCUCCAAAUGAAGGAAUCCCAUGGACAAAGGUCACGAUUAGGGGAGAAAACCUGGGGACUGGGCCAGCUGACCUCAUAGGUCUGACAAUUUGUGGGCAUAAUUGCCUUCUGACAGCAGAGUGGAUGUCUCCGAGUAAAAUUGUGUGUCGCGUGGGACAGGCCAAGAACGACAAAGGAGACAUUAUUGUCACAACCAAGUCAGGUGGCAAAGGAACCUCCACAGUCUCCUUCAAGCUGCUCAGACCUGAGAAAAUAGGUAUUUUGGAUCAGUCUGCUGUGUGGGUUGAUGAGAUGAAUUACUAUGACAUGCGCACUGACAGGAAUAAAGGGAUUCCUCCCUUGUCCCUGCGUCCUGCUAAUCCACUCGGCAUCGAGAUUGAAAAAGGUAAAUUUCCGCAGAAGGACUUAGAAAUGCUGUUCCCUGGAAUGAGUGCUGAUUUUACAAGUGAGAACUUUUCGGCUGCCUGGUACCUCAUAGAGAACCACUCCAACACCAGUUUUGAACAGCUCAAAAUGGCCGUCACCCACCUGAAGAGACAGGCUAACAAGAAGAGCGAGGGCAGCCUGGCAUGCGUGAAAGGGGGACUCAGUACUUUCUUUGAGGCACAGGACGCCCUCUCAGCCAUCCAUCAGAAACUAGAAGCGGAUGGAACGGAAAAAGUUGAAGGAUCCAUGACGCAGAAACUGGAGAAUGUUCUGCACAGAGCAAGUAACACUGCGGACACAUUGUUUCAAGAAGUCUUGGGUCGUAAGGACAAGGCGGAUUCCACUAGAAAUGCGCUCAAUGUGCUGCAGCGAUUUAAGUUUCUCUUCAACCUUCCUCUAAGUAUUGAAAGGAAUAUCCAAAAGGGUGAUUAUGAUGUGGUUAUUAAUGAUUAUGAAAAGGCCAAGUCACUUUUUGGGAAAACGGAGGUGCAAGUUUUCAAGAAAUAUUAUGCUGAAGUAGAAACACGGAUUGAAGCUUUAAGAGAAUUACUUCUGGAUAAGUUGCUUGAGACACCAUCGACCUUACAUGACCAAAAACGUUAUAUAAGGUACCUGUCUGACCUCCACGCGCCAGGCGACCCUGCGUGGCAGUGCAUCGGAGCCCAGCACCGAUGGAUCCUCCAGCUCAUGCACAGCUGCCAGGAGGGCUGCGUGCGGGACCUCAAAGGGCCACCGGGCCUUCACAGCGCCACGCUGGACCUGGACGGCGACGUGCGUGCCUCCUUGCCGGGUCAUCUAGGCCAGACGGCGUCUCUGAAGAGGGGUAGCAGCUUUCAGCCUGGUCGAGAUGAUGCAUGGAGAUACCAAACUCCCCACCGGGUGGCAUUUGUUGAAAAAUUGACCAAGCUUGUUUUAAGUCAGCUGCCCAACUUCUGGAAACUCUGGAUUUCAUAUGUUAACGGAAGCCUUUUCAGUGAGACUGCUGAGAAGUCAGGCCACAUUGAAAGAUCAAAGAAUGUAAGGCAAAGACAAAAUGAUUUUAAGAAAAUGAUCCAGGAAGUAAUGCACUGUCUGGUGAAGCUGCUCCGGGGGGCCCUGCUCCCGCUCAGCGUCACGGAGGGCGGAGGGCGGCAGUGCAGAGGCUGGGAAGUGAAGGCCGAGCUCUCUGGGCAGGGGCUCGCUCACGCCAUCCAGACUCUGAGGCUUACUUAUGAAUCCUUGACUGCCCUUGAGAUUCCUAAUGACCUGUUACAGACGAUCCAGGACCUCGUCUUGGACCUUCGAGUGCGUUGUGUGGUGGUCACACUGCAGCACACAGCGGAAGAAGUAAAGAGAUUGGCUGAAAAGGAAGACUGGGUUGUCGACAGUGAAGGCCUGACGUCCCUACCAUGCCACUUUGAGCUCUGCGUGGUGCACUCCCUGCAGUCGCUGCGAGAAGUCCUGGAGUGCAAGCCCGGAGAAGCCAGCGUCUUUCAACAACCGAAAACCCAGGAAGAGGUUUGCCAACUAAGCAUCAACAUCAUGCAGGUUUUUAUAUGCUGUCUGGAACAGUUGAGCACCAAGCCUGAUGCCGAUGUAGAUACUGCACAUCUCUCCGUUGAUGUUUCUUCUCCUGAUUUGUUUGGAAGUGUCCAUGAAGACUUUAGUUUGACUUCUGAACAGAGACUUUUAAUAGUCCUGAGUAAUUGCUGCUACCUUGAACGUCACACCUUCCGAAAUAUCGCAGAACAUUUUGAAAAGCACAACUUCCAGGGAAUAGAAAAAAUAACACAGGUUAGCAUGGCCUCACUGAAAGAGUUGGACCAAAGACUCUUUGAAAACUACAUUGAAUUGAAGGCAGACCCCAUCGUUGGCUCCUUAGAACCUGGAAUUUACGCAGGCUACUUCGACUGGAAGGACUGCCUGCCCCCGACAGGUGUCAGAAACUACUUAAAAGAAGCAUUGGUGAAUAUAAUUGCUGUGCAUGCAGAGGUGUUCACUAUUUCCAAAGGCCUGGUGCCUCGGGUGCUGUCUAGGCUGGUGGAAGCAGUUUCUGAAGAGCUGAGUAGGCUGAUGCAGUGCGUCUCAUCCUUCAGCAAAAACGGAGCAUUGCAGGCAAGGCUUGAAAUCUGCACCCUGAGGGACACCGUGGCUGCUCACCUGACGCCAGAGAGCAGAUCCAGUUUCAAGCAGGCUCUGGAAGCCCUACCGCAGCUCUCGAGUGGAGCGGACAGAAACUGCAUGCUGCAUGGUGAAGGCUGCGGAAGACUGGGCGGCUCAGGCCUACACCGAAGCAUCUUCCGGGGCCUCCUGCAGCUUCCAGGGCACCUGGGGCGGCGACGAGAGAUUCAUCAGGAAGUUACAUGCGAGCAUCUGGAGCUUCAGCUGUCCUAAAUUGUGCAGCUGUGCUUAAAACCUUUAUUUCAUACAGAUGGCUCCCGAUUCAAGUAGACUUUUAGAAAAACGUGUGGUCUGAAUUAAAAGGUGUGACAUUUGGGCUGUGCUUUCUGUGGUCCUCCAUCCGUGAGUUAACUGCUGCCACUUUCUAUGUUCACAGCGCUCGUGACAUCGGGCCUCUUUUGUGUGACUCGCCCUGAACCUGACGUGGGCCUUGCGGCAUCGUGCCUCCUGCCCCAGGACCCCCUUGCACGCGUGGGGAACGGCGGGCCCAGGCGCCUUGUGCACGCUGUCCCUCUGGCACCUUCCGCGCCACUUCUGGCCCCUUGAGUGGCCUGCUUGGUGGCCACGGGGGGUCUGCUCUGGUGGCAUCUGUGUCACCAGGCGUGGGAGCUGCCGCUGACACCGUUACCAGAGCAUGUCAGGCUGCCGCGACCUCCUUCAGAGUCAGCUUCCCUGACCUGACUUUGUCACACCGUUUGCUUCAGAAAACUGAGUCAGGGUUUUAGAUUUUUCCAGGGAUGUCACAGAAUCCCCUUUUCAACACUGGCAUUAAGGUCUGUAUUAAUACGGGGAACUCUGCGGUCCAUCAUGGCCAUGUGCAGUGUCCAUCGUUUGAAGUGAGUCCCUGUUGUGUUUGUGCAUUUGUUGGUGUUGGGGGAUGGGGCGUGGCAACUAGAAGGGAACGUUUCACCUUGUACAGAUGUGCUGGAUGAAGCUUAUUAAGAAAUAUACGGACUGUCGUCUGUCCUAAGCAUGUUAACCAUUGUAUCUGCCACGGCUGAGAACUAAAUUACAAAACUGCAAUCCUGAGUGUUUGUGUUAUUUUAAAUAUCUGAUGCAGAGCCUUCAGCCAAUAGUGUGUCUUUAAUACGAGAUGUAAGUUAGUUGGCGUUUUUUCCCUAAGCAUCUUUAUUUCAGCAUUUUCAUUAGCUGUGUAACUUUUUAUAUGUCUAGUUAUAACCCUCACAAUAAAUAUUGGGUUGGCCAAAAAGUUUGUUCGGAACUUUUGGGCCAACCCAGUGCUUAAAUCCCGGU